GCGUGGCAUGCAACCCUGCAGUCCAACGGGCGUUUUAGCUGUAACAAUGCCUCCUUCAAAAAGUCCCACCAUGGAAUGUGCUGCCGGCCAAAAAUCACCAGAACCCAAUAUUGCUACAUCAUCAUCGACUUCCAGCAGCACACCUUUGAGUACACGCAACUGUCCCUUGAAAUUUUCCAUAGCGAAAAUUAUGGAACCAGAUCAGCGUUCACACUCCUCGCAUGCUUUACAUCACGACUCAGAGCGUUCUUGCAGUCCCAUUGAGGUCACCAGUGAUGAUUGCGAAGUCAUUAUUACCAGUCCCGCCAAUGCUGCUGAUAAUUAUGAUUCAGCCUUUAAGAAAUAUGUGCCAUCUUCCAGUAUGCUUACCAAUACUCCCUCCUCAGCAGCGGUACAACAAUUUGUUUCCACACGCCACCAGGAAUUGUUAAGCCAGUAUCCUUUGCUGUAUUAUGCAGCUCCCAAUCAAUUAAUGUGUGCUGCUGCUGCCGCCCAAUAUGCAGCUUUGACAGCAGCUCAACAGCAAAAUCUGUUGGGUAACAACAGUGCUACCGCCGCUCAUUUAAGUACGUUUACCGCUUCUCUCAAUUCUUUGCACAGUCAAACUUUGAGAAGACAGCUUUCGCAACCCACCACUAGUCAUCAUUUGGCAGCAGCUGCCGCGGCUGCAGCAGCGGCUCAGGCUGCUCAUCAUCAGGCUUUGGCUGCAGCUCAUCCUCAAAUACCCCAGUCUUUGGAAAAGUCACCCGUCAGCCACAAGUCUCGAGAAUCAUCUCAGACUCCUUCUACACCUUUCCACACCAACAAACGUAAACAUUCUCCUGCCUCUAGUCACAACAACACCUCUUCAUCCAUCAGUGAUCCCUGCUCGCCACCAGAGCCCCAAAGAGCUCGUGCCGAUUCUCCCAGUUCUUUGGAUGAUAGUCCCAAUUCUGCAAAUGGCGGCAAACAAAAGACAUUUUCCUGCCUGGAAUGUGGAAAAGUGUUCAAUGCCCACUACAAUCUAACCAGACAUAUGCCAGUGCAUACUGGAGCCCGUCCCUUUGUGUGCAAAGUCUGUGGCAAAGGUUUCAGACAGGCGUCAACACUAUGUCGUCAUAAAAUCAUACACACUUCCGAAAAACCCCACAAAUGCCAGACCUGUGGCAAAGCCUUCAAUCGCUCCUCCACCCUCAAUACACACACUCGCAUUCAUGCCGGCUACAAACCGUUUGUUUGCGAGUUCUGCGGCAAAGGCUUCCAUCAAAAAGGCAACUACAAAAACCACAAACUCACCCACAGCGGGGAAAAGGCCUACAAGUGCAACAUUUGCAAUAAGGCUUUCCAUCAAGUCUACAAUUUAACCUUCCACAUGCACACCCACAACGACAAGAAACCCUAUACUUGCAGGGUCUGCCACAAGGGUUUCUGCCGCAAUUUCGAUUUGAAGAAACACAUGCGUAAGUUGCAUGACAUUGGAGGCAGCAAUCUACAGUUGGAUGAUGAAAGCACCAACGACCGUUUGGAAAGACGCAGAGAGUACACUAGAAGAGAGGCCUCCAUAGAAUUCCACAAUAGUCAAUUGAAUUCCAAUUCAUCGGAUGGCUCCAUGUCACCACCCAUCAACGUAACUACCCCACCAUUGUCCAGCAAUGAGGGCAGUAGUUCAGCUUGGCAUACUUCCUCCCAAUACACAACGAAUUCGCUCAAUUAUGUGCCAACAGCGGCGAACUUAAGUCAACCCUCGGUUACCAAUUUCAGAACCGCCACAGAUUAUGGCGGCAGUUCGGCAUUCAUUAAUUUUGCCCAAUCAUCGUCGACGGCCCAUGCAGCAACAACUCAUUUAAAUCCUAAUCACGCCCAGCAUCUUUCACAAGCGAAUCAUCAGCGUUUGUCAGCCGCCGCAGCAGCCGUCAAUGCCAUGGACAAUGUUCCCUUUAUUGCCAAAGUAUUUUGAC